CGACACGGUUUUUCUUGGGCCGUCUAAAAGCCCAGUGGGCUCAAAAAAAUUAGGCGGCGCCACCACGUCCUCCUCCGACUACUCGCUCGCUCCGCCCCGGCGUCCCGCCCUCAGCCGCCGCCGUCGCCCCCUCCCUCGGUUCGCCUCGUCGUCGUCAUGGGCAAGGCCUCCAAGGACAAGAGGGACAUCUACUACCGGAAGGCCAAAGAGGAAGGCUGGAGAGCUCGCAGCGCCUUCAAGCUCCUCCAGAUAGACCAGGAGUUCAACAUCUUCCAUGGAGUGAAGCAUGUGGUUGACCUGUGUGCUGCUCCCGGAAGUUGGAGCCAGGUUUUGAGCCGGAACCUGUAUGUACCAGCAAAACAGUCUUCUGAUUGCAAGGAAGGUGAUCUUCCUCUCAUCGUCGCAAUUGACUUGCAACCGAUGGCCCCAAUAGAAGGUGUUAUACAAGUGCAGGGCGACAUCACCAAUGCUCGGACAGCAGACGUGGUCAUUAGGCAUUUUGAUGGAUGCAAAGCAGACUUGGUUGUUUGCGAUGGAGCCCCGGAUGUUACCGGACUUCAUGAUAUGGACGAAUUUGUUCAGUCCCAGCUUAUACUCGCGGCAUUGGCUAUCGUGACUCAUGUACUCAAAGUUGGUGGAAAAUUUGUGGCGAAGAUAUUUCGGGGUAAAGAUACGAGUCUCCUGUACUGCCAGCUAAAACUGUUCUUCUCGCAAGUUACGUUUGCGAAGCCAAAAAGUAGCCGGAACUCAAGCAUCGAGGCGUUUGCGGUCUGUGAGAACUACUCACCUCCUGAAGGGUUCAAGGAGGAAGACCUAUACCACCUGCUAGAGAAAGUGGGUACUCCCUCAGGAGCUGGCGAUCUAGAUUGCAGAAGCGGAUGGCUGGAGGGACCAAACAAGGUGUACAUCCCGUUCCUGGCCUGCGGGGAUCUGAGCGGCUACGACUCCGACCGCUCGUACCCGCUGCCCAGCAGCACGGACGGUGGCUCGUACCGGAGCCUGGACCCCGUGCAGCCUCCCAUCGCCCCGCCUUACAAGACCGCCCUGCAGAUGAAGAAGGCUUCCAGCCACGGCGCCGGCGCGGACGCCAUCAAGCCGUCCGCAGACUCCUGAGCCGCAGACCGUUUCCGUUUACCACCUUGCGCGGUGGAAGUUGCUUUCGCUGGGUCCUGGACCUGGCUCUCUAGUCUCUCUCUACAGAAACAGAACCUUCAUCUACGAAACUAAAAAAAAAGGAAAAAGGAUUGG